AUGUUGAAUGUUAAAUUUGGCUCAUUUUUGAAUACUAGUGAGGUCGAUAUAAGCGAAGAAUUUCUUUCUGAUGGUAAUUGGUCAAUAGUUGCAUUACGUGAUUGCAAGCCAUUUACGUGUAACUUUCCACUUGAACUUUGCCGGCGACCUGUGUCUCGAUAUCAAGACGAGACUAGCAAUACUUGCGCAAGAAUACCACAGAAUUGCUUACUUGCUGCAAACGAUGGAAAACCUUUGGAUUUGCGGAUUAAUAAACCUCUCUCGACAACAAAUUAUUUUACCAAAAAUGAAAUUACACUUACAGCAGAAUCUGAAUAUUCUACGACUACAUCUGUACCUUCAAGUACAAUAUCGUCAGUAUCAUCAGCUUCAACAUUAUCUACAUCGUAUAUUUCCACUGAAGAUAUUUGUAAUAUGGAUCAGCCACAAGGAAGAUUUUGUGGAUUUCGAAUUAAAGUAGCUUACAACAGAAACAAUGAACGUUGUGAACAAUUUUGGUUUCCAGGCUGUCGAACAGCUGACACUAACAGUAAUUUGUUUGAUACAGUAAAAGAAUGUGAAGAACGUACUCGUGUCUGCAAAGGAGAUGGAUCAUUGGAACCAUUUUUCCCUAUACGGCAAUCAAAAACUUCAGUUGCUGUCGAGAAAAUGUCAUCAAUAGUACCAGUGGUAGCACCAUUUUUAGCUACAACUAAAAUACCCCGUCAUACAGUACUACCAGUUUCUCAGUUACCAGAAAGGCCUUUAGUAGCACCUACAGCUCGACCAAUAAGACUAAAACCAUGGACUGAUGAAAAUAUACGAGAAAUAAUCGGUCCUAAAAAUCGAGUAAUAAUUCCACGACCUCACUUAUUGACAUCACCAAUGCCACCAGUACAACCAAAUCGAUUUAUUAAUCCUUCUAGCACUAAAUUCAUACUGGAUCUAAUUUCUAAUGGUAUAUCACAGUUAACUGGCGGUGGAUGGAAUGGUGAUAAGUCGGAUAGAACUGAUGAAAAUUCAAAAGUUAGCAACUUAUUUUCACAAAUACCUCAAAUUAUUCGAUCAUUGCAAGGAAGAUAA